GCCUCCUCAGAGCUCAGUCUCCCGCUCCAGAGAGGAGCGAGUAGGAACAAGCUUGCCGCACACCGGGCGUCUGGACAGGGACCCAAGCCUGCAGGACUGCUCUGAGACACUGCGGUGGCAGCCGCACCGGAGGACGCAGAGGACUCCCGGACCACCCGCUGUCCGUGCACUCUGCGACUAGGCGCUGAGCGAGGACCCCGGGUUGCGGCCGCACUCGCUGGACAUCUCUUCCGCUGCUGCAGCCCAGAGGCGCCCUGGUGCCCGGGGCUUACCGGAGCUGGGGUUCGAGCUGAAAGGGUGGCCCGAAAGCCGUGAGACCAGUCCGUAACGCUAGACCUCUGUCCAGGUGGCGACGGCGAGAAACAGGGACAGCCCGAGGGGCGCGGGCACGGAGCUGUCCAGCUCCAAGCGCUGGGGUCCGCCGCCCGGAGGGAAAAGCAGCUGAGCGCGGAGACUGGGGAGCCGACGCGUCCCUGUGUCUCUGCAGCUCCACUGGCCCGAAGGCACCGACUCCCGGUCAGUUGCGCGCAGCAGGGCGGGAGGGACGCGCCAUGGAGGCGCCGGGUGGCGCCGGUCUCCGCCAGGCAAAGUGAGGUGGUCCGGCCGGAGUCGGCGGGACCCGCGGGCCAUGUACGGAGACCUAUUCAACGCCACGGGCGGCCCGGAGGCGGCGGUAGGCAGCGCUCUGGCCCCGGGAGCCACGGUCAAGGCGGAGGGCGCUUUGCCACUGGAGCUGGCCACCGCGCGCGGCAUGCGGGACGGCGCGGCCACUAAGCCGGACUUGCCCACCUACCUGCUGCUCUUCUUCCUGCUGCUGCUCUCCGUGGCGCUAGUGGUCCUCUUCAUCGGCUGCCAGCUGCGCCACUCGGCCUUCGCCGCGCUGCCCCACGACCGCUCGCUGCGCGACGCCCGCGCGCCAUGGAAGACGCGGCCGGUGUAGCGUUGGACUGAGUCAGGGUCGCCGGGCACCCUGUCCUGGUCCCGCCAAGAGCUGUCACAAGCCAAGCAGGGUGGGCUUGAGGCUGUGGGUCGCUGGCCCUUGAGAACGCUGCGCCCUGACCCCAAAUUCCUUCCCGACCUAGAGCGAGAUCCGGAGAGUCAAAGGGGACUGAGGUGUUGGGAGGCUGCGUAGGGUCUCGAUCCUGUACUUGGAAGUACCAUGAUUCUUAUCCCCGGGCCGUGUCUGUCUUUUCCUGGUCAGCACGUCAAGUUGGGGAAACCUCCCUGAAAGACGACGCGCCAGCCGGGGGCCAGCCCGAGAACAAGAGCCUCGCGCGGCGCCCUCUGACUUCCUUACUCUGUACACAGAAGGGGCAGGCAGGGAGAUCGCCCAACUGGCCGGGAGCUGCCUUCUGGACUCCUGGUUCUGUGGCUGCCUCCCCAGGGCUGCUACUGCCUCUCCUGCUCCUUGGCAACAAGGAACCCAGUCGGAUCCCUACGUGAAUUCAGCUGGACUUUGGAAUGAUGGCCCUUAGGGGCCGCAUCCCUCCAGGAAAAUGAUGGGCUGCCGGUUUCAGUGGGGCCGUCCAGGCCCAAGGACCCAGUUCCCUCUGCGGGCAUGGGCAGUGGGGGGCGGUGGAGAGGCGAAGGGUCCCACCUGAAGCCCCCUGUGGUGGGGGAUCCACAUCUCUCAUCGCCACAGGCCACAUUUCUACAAUAAAAACUCAC